UGUGGCACAGUUGGCUUGCCAUACCUGGUGCAACCCACCGUGACGGGGCCCCUCCCCCUUAGUUCAGCUGCUGUUCUUCCAAGGUGGCACGGUCAAGCUGCAGACUGCUCUCCCGUGGCUGUGACAAACCAACAACACAACUGACAGGAGACCAGGCUUUGCUCCAACUUCAGGAGAGCACCCAUGAUGCUACCUCAGCACCUGAAGCAAAUCAGAGUCCUCAUGCUUAAUGAAAAGGAAAAUUUAGAGAGAACUUUGUUCAGGCUUGAACAAGGUUUUGAGCUCCAGUUCCGCCUGGGUCCAAGCCUUCAAGGAAGGAGGGUAAUAGUUCACACCAACUACCCACUUGAUGGACAGAAGUUCAUUCGAAACAACUUCCGGGUUUUAGCCUGGAACUACCCAACAGGAAGGGAGGAUGACUCCGAUAAGCACUGCUCUGUGGAACUCAAGGCUGCCGGAUCCUACCAGUACUACUUCGGAUAUGCAGGUGUGGAGAAGUUAGGAGGAGGUUACAUUGUUGUUGACCCUGUACUACGUGUUGGAGAAGAUAACCAUGUCCUCCCACUGGACUGCAUCACCAUCCAGACGUACCUGUCCAAAUGUCUGGGACACCUUGAUGACUGGCCAGACAGGCUGAGAGUAUCAAAGGAGUCGGGUUACAACAUGAUCCACUUCACUCCUGUGCAGACUUUGGGAGAGUCUAGGUCCUGUUACUCCUUAGCUGACCAACUGACCCUCAGCCCUGAAUUUAGCCCAAAUGGCAAGAGUUACACCUGGGAAGAUGUGGGAGGACUGGUGGAAAAACUGAGGACGGAAUGGAAUAUGGUUUCAAUCACUGACGUGGUGUAUAAUCACACUGCUGCAAACAGUGUGUGGAUAAAGGAGUAUCCAGAGUGUGGCUAUAACCUGGUCAACUCUCCUCACAUGCGUCCUGCCUGGGUCUUAGAUAGAGCUAUCUGGCAUUUAACCACCAGAGUAGCAGAUGGACGCUACAAAGAGAAGGGACUUCCUCCUGACAUUACCAACGAGAGCCAUCUGAAUGCCCUCCGCAGCGUGUUUUGGGAGGACAUAUUUCCUCAGAUCAAACUGUGGGAGUUCUACCAGGUCAACGUGGAAAGUGCCGUGGAGCUGUUCAAAAUUCUGCUACAAAAUGGCAGCAAACUGGAUCACCGUAAGACUGAAGGAAAAAAAGGGUUCAAGAUCAUUCAAGACCCCCAGUACUGUCGUUAUGGCAACACAGUGGACAUGGACUCAGCUUUGGAGACAUUUGUACCUCACAGCUCCUCACCACAGCAUAUCGAGGAGUGCUGUGGACGCCUGAAACAGAGGUUAACUCAGCUGAAUGAAGAACAGUACCACAUUGUGCAACAGCAUCAGAAGCAGGCAGUCAACUGCGUUGUGGGGAACAUAGUGUAUGAACGUCUAGCUGACCACGGUCCUAAACUGGGUCCCAUUACCAGGAAAAACCCUCUAGUCCCCAGGUAUUUCACCUUCCCAUUUGUGGAAAUGACUUUGGAGCAGGAGAUGGAGUUUCUAUACCAACCAGAUAAGAUGUGCCACUUCCUGGCUCACAAUGGUUGGGUAAUGGGUGAUGAUCCACUGCGCAACUUUGCUGAAGAAGGUAGAGGGUCCAAUGUGUACCUCCGUCGGGAGCUAAUCUGCUGGGGAGACAGUGUCAAGCUCCGUUAUGGUAAUGCACCCGAGGAUUGCCCCUACCUGUGGGAGCACAUGCAGAAAUACACGGAAAUUACUGCCAAAUAUUUCCAUGGAGUCCGAUUGGACAACUGCCACUCUACACCCUUGCAUGUUGCUGAGUUCAUGUUGGAUGCAGCCAGAGUGGUCAGACCCAACCUGUAUGUGAUAGCUGAACUCUUUACCGGCAGCGAACCCGUAGACAAUGUAUUUGUUAACCGGCUGGGAAUCAGCAGCCUUAUAAGAGAGGCCAUGUCGGCGGGUGACAGCCAUGAAGAGGGCCGACUGGUGUAUCGCUAUGGUGGAGAGCCAGUCGGAGCCUUCGUUCAGCCUACCCUGCGUCCUCUGAUGCCCUCCAUUGCUCACGCCAUGUUCCUGGAUGUCACACAUGACAACGAGUGCCCCAUACAGGUACGGUCAGCCCUCGACUCUUUGCCCAGUUCUGCUGUCGUCUCCAUGGCCUGCUGUGCUACUGGCUCCACCAGAGGAUAUGAUGAACUGGUGCCACAUCAGAUUUCUGUGGUGAAAGAGGAGCGUUUUUACCCCAAGUGGAAUCCCUCUACAGCUCCCACCUCCACUUGGGAAGUUGGGUUUCAGAGUGGCAUCAUUGCUGGGAAACUGGCUCUUAACAAACUGCACCAGGAGCUGGCAGCCCAGGGAUUUAUACAGGUAUAUGUGGAUCAGGUUGAUGCAGAUAUUGUUGCCAUUACCCGUCACUGUCCCAGCACACACCAGUCUGUGGUAACAGUGAGCAGGACAGCCUUCAAGAACCCUAAAACAUACCAGUACGACAACAAUGUCCCACCUAUUUUCAUACCUGGCAAGAUUGAAGAAAUUGUACUUGAGGCAAGGACAGUGGAGAGGGAAUCUGAGAGUUACAAGAAGCAUGAGAAAUACAUCAAUGGCAUGCCAGAAUACACAGUGGAAAUAAAAGAGCAUAUACCGAUCGAGGAGAGUGCAGUGGUGAAACAUAUUGGCGUCAUCUCUAAAGGCCGGUCGGAGUUUGUGCAAGAAAUUCAGUUCCAGAAAUUGACACCUGGCAGUGUCAUUGUCUUCAGAGUUAGUUUGGACACGAAAGCACAGAAGCUGGUUGGUGUGUUGAGGUUCUAUCUGUCCCAGUUCAGUCCAAAGUACAGGAGGGGCAGUGUACCUGACGAAAAUCCACCAGAGGUGCUGCAGAAACCCCUUGCACAGUUGGUGUCUAAGCUGACACUAGCAGACAUGAACAUCUUGCUGUUUCGCUGUGAAGCUGAAGAACAAGAAGACGGUGGAGGCUGUUACAGCAUACCAGGCUGGGAGAGCCUGAAGUAUGCAGGACUACAAGGUCUGAUGUCAGUGUUUGCAGAUAUCCGUCUCAUCAAUGACCUGGGUCAUCCUCUGUGUGCUAACCUCAGAGAAGGAGACUGGCUCAUAGACUUUGUCUUCAACAGGCUGAUACACAGAGAUGGACCUCUGGCACAGGUGGGUCAUUGGUUUGGGGCCAUGUUUGACUACCUGAGGCACUUCCCUCGAUACCUCAUCCCGUGUUACUUUGACGCCAUCCUGGUGUCGGCUUACACCACGGCUUUGGAUGCCACAUUCAAACUCAUGUCAAGCUUCGUCGAGAAAGGUUCCACAUUUGUCCAUCAUCUGGCGCUAGGCUCGGUUCAGAUGUGUGGUGUUGGACGUUUUCCGGCUCUGCCUCCCAUUUCAGCAAAAGUGCAGGGCGUCCCAUACCGCAUCAGUCCCAUCACUGGAGAGAAGGAGCAGUGCUGUGUCUCACUGGCAGCAGGUCUUCCCCAUUUCUCUGCUGGGAUUUUCCGUUGCUGGGGCAGAGACACUUUCAUUGCUUUCAGAGGACUCAUGCUUAUCACAGGGAGACACAGUGAGGCACGCAACAUCAUCCUGGCAUUUGCUGGGACUCUACGUCAUGGUUUGAUCCCCAACCUGCUGGGAGAGGGUCACAGUGCUAGAUACAACUGUAGGGAUGCUGUGUGGUGGUGGCUGCAGUGUAUUCAGGACUUCACCAACCUCGUUCCAGAGGGACAUGAAAUCCUGCGUUGCUCAGUCACACGCAUGUACCCCACAGAUGACUGUGAGCCCUGCAAACCUGGGGAGGUGGAACAGCCAUUGUGUGAUGUCAUUCAGGAAGCACUGCAGCGCCACCUGGAGGGUAUUUCCUUCAGAGAGAGGAAUGCUGGACCCAAGAUAGACAUGAACAUGAGGGAUGAAGGAUUCAAUGUGGUUGCUAAAGUGGACUCAGCUACAGGUUUUGUGACCGGAGGAAACCGCUUUAACUGUGGUACCUGGAUGGACAAAAUGGGGGAGAGUGACAGAGCGAGGAACAAGGGGAUGCCUGCUACUCCGAGAGACGGAGCGGCAGUGGAGAUAGUCGGUCUCAGUAAAUCAGUAGUUCGUUGGCUUGUAGAACUGCAGGCUAAAGGACUGUUCCCCUAUGACGGAGUUAAGGUGCACAGAGAUGGUACAGAAGUGUUCAUCUCUUACUCUGAGUGGAACCAGCAGCUUCAGCAGUCAUUUGAAACUGAAUUCUGGGUAUCUGAGGACCCACAUGACCCCAAUGAGAAGCACCCUGAUUUGGUGCAUAAAAAGGGCAUUUAUAAAGAUAGUUAUGGAGCUUCCAGUCCCUGGUGUGACUACCAGCUGAGGUCCAAUUUCAUCAUUGCAAUGGUGGUGGCUCCAGAGCUGUUCACGUUAGGAAGAGCCUGGAAGGCUUUGGGAGUAGCUGAGAAAAAACUUCUGGGGCUGCUGGGAAUGAAAACUCUUGACCCAGAUGACAUGGUGUACUGCGGUGUUUAUGAUAAUGCACUGGAUAACGACAACUAUAACCUGGCAAAGGGCUUUAACUACCACCAAGGACCUGAGUGGCUGUGGCCUGUCGGCUACUUCCUCCGUGCUAAACUGUUCUUUGCCAAGAAGUUAGGGGAGGAGACCUACUCGAAGACAGUCACACUGGUGAAAAAUGUUCUGUCACGACAUUAUACGCACUUGGAGAGGUCUCCGUGGAAGGGUUUACCAGAGCUGACCAAUGAGCAAGGCCAGCACUGCCCCUUCAGCUGUGAAACCCAGGCCUGGUCUCUGGCCACUGUGCUGGAGGUGCUUUAUGAUCUGUAGAGGUCCCAUCAAGCUGUGAGCCAGUCACUUCCUCUGGUAUCAUAACAGUGCUUUCUUGUAGUAACUUUAAAUUAAAAAAAAUUAAAUUAAAGAAACAAUAACAUAAAAUCAGGCAAGUUUUCGUUUUCUAGGGUAACUGUUGUAUGGUAACAAGGUUUUUUGUCAAAGCAUUUUAAGGUGAAGCCUUUUUCCACUUUGAAUAUUCUUGCUCAUGGAAUCUCCCUUAUGCCAGUUUGAUCCAGGUGAUUUUUUGAAAAGCAAAUAUUAAAAUUUUAUGGAGGAAAAAAAAACUUAAGGACCAGAACGUAAAACCCUACACAUUCUUUUUGUUGUUAUUCCUGCUUGAACCUUCACUGAUUCUUCUGUUGGGACAACCUGUCUCUUUGUUGAAGGCCUAAACAGCUUUUCAUUGGCUGCCACAUUAUUGUACGUUUUGACAGAAAUAACACUGAAAGGAACCUGGGCUGUUAUCAGCCUUUAAUGGAGCAAACAGGAUGUAUACUUAAAGUUCACACCAACACACGUCAGACCAGCUGAAUAAUACCACAUUAAAGGUUUACUUUGUACAUCCCCCUAGACAGAUGGUAUGAACAGAGAUGCCUCUCUUUAUCGUAAGGAAACGAAGCCAGCGAUGCAGAUUGUUUCUUAGCAACGUUUUCUGUGCAUUUUUAGUGUUUUUACAGGAUUUCCUUGCAGAUAUAACGAUCAGUUUUAUGUGUGCAGUGAAUUUUAUUUUAUCCUGAACUCUUAUUUUUCCUUCAUAUGUAGGAUAUUAGUAAUGAUACUGAUCUGAGUCCACACCUGCAAAGGUACAAGGCUGUAUAUUAAACACUGAAACAGGCGGCUGUCAGCUAAUACAUGCUAACGUUUUGUUCUCUUAAGUCUUCUUCUGACCUGCUGAAGAAAGCUCUAUUUUCCAUCUACCUUUUUGGUGAAUUUUAGAAUUAACGUUUAGCAAAUUAAGUAAAUCCAAACUCAUAAAUAACCAGAGAUUAGUAAAAACAUCUACCAUCUACAAUCUUUGUAUGUUUUCAUCCUUCAUGUUGUAUGAAAACCUUAUUUUUCUGUGAUUCUAUUGUUGGAUGUCCCAGCGGAAAGCUAAACUAGUAAGACUAAUGUUCUCCACAUGUUGUACCACACUGAGACAUUGUUUUAAAAGCAGAAUCAGCUGUUAUGGUGAUGACAUUUCAGAACAUUUACACACUCUUGUGGCCACAUACAGUCUAUGGUAAUGUAAAGCAUGUUUUGUAAUGUUUCAUUUUAAAGCAGUCCUCUGGUUAGUCACUGUUGUACACCUUUACAUUUAUUUAAAUGUUUGACUAAGCUGAGCACUACAGUGUCUACAUGUAAACCACAGAACACAGUCCAUAACAUUGGAGUACAUAUUACGCAGCAGGUCACACCAUCAACAAAAAGGACACAUUUAUUGGUGAACUUGUAAAAAGCAUUAAACAAAUGAAUAUUCUCAGCAGCACCAUAUUGUCACUCAGAAAAAUCCAACCUUGAACUUGAGUAGAUUUGAGUGGGAAAACGUCCCAUGUUCAGAAAUAAUAUUUUUAAUAAAGUCACUGGUGGCGCAAAAGAAAAACUGGCAUCUGCUUUUCCCAGAGGAGCAGCACAAUCUUCUACAAUAUUUCACACAAUAUGAGCAUACUGAGAAUACUAACCAUUCUAGAUGGUCCAGAGUUGUGGAUCUUGUCUGAUACUUUUUUUUUUUUUCAUCUUCCACCAUUCUUAGCUUGAGGUAUUCUCCCACAUAUUCAAUCUUUGUUUCGCACCAGGCCCACCUGGAGUUUGUGUUCCCAAAAAGCUCAAACUUGGUCUCAUAUGACCAAGUAGAGUUUAAUAGACUAUAUGUUUGUUUGUGAUAGUAGAAUGAAUAGGCUUUUCUGUUGUAGCUUUACUCCUUAAUUACAGGUUGACAUGUAGGUAGCAUCUAAUUGUUUAUGAGGAGACUCUGUGACCCUUUGCUGUAGUUUUCUAACAGUGAGGUUUGGUUACGGAAUAUUGCACCAGUGCUGAGUCUAUUAAAAAUAUUUUUUUCUAAAUAUUGUUUCCCCGCUGAAAGUAUGUACAUUCAACGUUGGAUUUUUUUCAAAACGUUUAAGCGAGUUUACCCUGCUGCAAUCAAAUGGGGAUUCAUAAAUGUGGCCAAAAGUGAAUAUAGUCGGACACCCUCAGUCAAGAUAUGUUUAGCAUUUUCUUCCUCUACAGCACCAUUUUCUGAAUAACGUCUUAGUUCACCGAGUUGCUUUAAGAUGCAGGAAUUUGUAGUUGACAAUUAGACCACUGGACCCAUUUCUCACAAUCUGAUGUAACUAACUCUUCACCUCAAGCCUUUAAAUACUUGUCAGUAAAUCUGUUUCCUGCAACACAGGACUUUCACUUCACUGCAGCUCUACUAACAGUGUAUCUCUAUCAUGACAGUUUCCCAAAAAGCAGUUAGAUUUUCCUCUUUUCUUUCCCCAUAUCCCAAUUUAAUGGAAAACAAACUAAAGUCUUGGUUUUCAUGAAGUUGUGCUCAGAUACGGUCUAACCUUUGUCCUACAACCACUUCAUGUGAUCUCAGACUUUAUUUUAGUUUUUAUGGAGAGCUGCUGGCUGCUAUGGAUGCGGUCCGCUGCGGCAUACAUCUGGAUACUAUGCGUUGAUGUUAACUGUAAACAGUAGAUGGAGAAAUGCUGAAUAAACUGUUACAUGACUAAAA